AUGACCGAGAUCACGUACGAGCACGAUGAUGAUGCGACGGCCAAGGCGCCGCCCGCAACGACGAACGCCGCCGCGCCGCCGAGCCCCGCCGCGCCGCCGAGCCCCGCCGCGCCGCCGAGCCCCGACGCGCCCAUCGCCUCGGGCAGCCCCGAAAAACCCAUCGCCUCGCCCGCGGCCACGGCGCCGCCCGUCGUCGCCGGCGAGCCCUGGGCGCCCGACGCCACGGUCGUCGCCGUCGCCGUGUCCGCGGGGAACCUCGCGACGCUCUGCUUCGGCGGCGCCGCGAGCUCGGCGCGCCUCGAACGGCCGACGCUCGCGUGCGCGCGCGGCGCCAUGGCGGCCCUCUACGGCGACGACGUCGCCCAUGGUCCGCUCUACGCCCUCAAGCACGGCGCCCUCGUCGAACUCCUCGGCGACGGCGACGUCGCGCGCGCGAUGAACAGCUUCGAGCCCGUCAAGAUCGUCGCGCUCCCGCGGGAAGCCGACGCCAAGACCGAGCGCCGCCCCGCCGCGGGGCCCGAGCCCGUCCCGCCGCGCGGCCCGCCCCGCUGGACCGAGUGGUUCGCCGGCCCGCCGCCGCCGCCCCGCUGCCGCGGCGACGAGUUCCCGAAGGUCCGGGAGUGGAUCCGCUGGGCCGCGGGCCGCCCGACGGUCGAGGACCGCCUCCGCGCGCGCGGCUGGUGGCCGUGA